AUGACGAAGAUCAACUCCGCCCUCCACUCCUCCCGGAGGAAGUCCCGCAAGGCCCAUUUCGAGGCACCCUCCAGCGUCAGGCGGACAAUCAUGAGCGCACCCUUGAGCAAGGAGCUCCGAGAGAAAUAUAACGUUCGCUCGAUCCCCAUCCGAAAGGACGAUGAAGUCCUCGUUGUACGAGGCUCCAACAAAGGCCGCGAGGGAAAGAUCACCUCCGUCUACCGCCUCAAGUACGUUGUGCACAUCGAGCGUGUUGUCAAGGAGAAGUCAUCCGGUCAAUCCGUUCCCCUCGGCGUCCACCCCUCGAAAGUCGUCAUCACCAAGUUGAAGCUCGAUAAGGACCGUGAGAACAUCCUUGAGCGCAUCAAGACCGGUCGGGAAAUCAAGCAGAAACUGAAGGAGAAGGCCAAUAAGGCAUAA